GCCGAGCGGCUGGAGAGAGAAGAGAGCGACAGAAAGAGGCUGAACGGUGAAGCGGCGGCGGCGGAAGAUCAGCGACUCGCUGCUCGGUGAACAUGGCGGAGACCGUACGCUCUCUCUUCGACUACAGAGAGCAGACACACAGCCUGGACAGCGACGGAGAGGGCGUCAAACCGACACCACCACUACGAGGGCGCGGCUGUGGAAGGAAAAGGAAAGGGACACCCGUGAAAGUCUUUGUUACACACACGGAGGAAGAGAGCGUGCCUGAACACAGCUUCAGCUCAGGUGAUCGUAAAGAAGCAGCAGAGAAUAAACGGCCCAUGCUGGAUGGGCCUUUCUUCAACACAGAGCCGGCUCCACACAACUGCGGUCCAUCAGCGCAGUCUCAUGACAAGGUCUCCACCGGAUCCAAGACCGGCUCCUGCUCAGCCUCCACACCAGCUCCAGCUCCUGCCGUUUCCUCUGCCCCAACCCCGACACCGCUCUCUGCUCCCGCUCCGGCCACGGCGACUUCAGCUCACGCCCCGUCUCUGACCCCUGCGUCCACGGCUCCGGCUGCCCCGACGGCUUCGGCUCCAGCCCCGACGGCCAGCUCCUUCCCCCCCUCCCCUAACUGCCGCAUCCGAGAGGUCCACUGUGGCAGCCAGGUGCGGUUGGUCGUCAUCGCCAUCCGAGACAUCACCAAGGGGGAGGAGAUCACUGUGGACUACAGCCUGACAGAGUGGGGAGAGAACAUGGGUUUUCGUGGAACUGUGUCUCCAGCGCAACAAGAGUGUAACUCAGACACUGAGAAUAACAACAAUAUUAAAAAGGAGGAUGAGCCUCUCUCUCUGACAGCCCAGCAGCAGCAGCGGCAACAACCGCCGCAGCAGCAGCAGGAGUACGUCACCCCAUCUUGGUCCCUCUCCCCCUCCUCCUCCCCCAUCUCCCACUCUGACGCCAGUGACUCAGACGCUGGAGAUGAAGAUAACGCCAGCCCCCGUGGGCGGGCACCACGCCGGCGCAAGAAACGGCGCGGCACUCCUUCAAAGAAAAAGACCCCCCAUCGGACUCCACCUGGGCGGCCUCCGCCGGUCUCCCCCGCCAGCGUUCCUCAUCACAAUCGUCCGCUUUCCUCAUCCCACCCUCCAGCGCAGUCCUCCCCUCCCUGCUCGUCCUCCUCUUCAGCUAAACCUGUGUUCAAAGCUCCGGCUCCGCUGGGCUCCAACACCAAAGGCAACGUCAACAUAAAUGUCCCCAGAGGAGGAGUGUCCAUAGACUCCAUGCGCCAAACCUGUGAGCACUGUGGACGCCACUUCCGCUCUCUGGGACGCCACUUGGAUAAACACCAUGCCCACCAACCAGAAGUGUGCUCCGCCCUGGUGGAGCGCUACACACAGAUGCCCCGUCUGCAGGCACAGAACACAAACCCUACCACGGCUCACGUACACACUCCGCAGCACUCAAAGUCAUCACAAGCCACGGGACAGAGCCGCAGUUUAGAUCUUCCACAGAUUGGCGUCCAGGACCUCUCCAUGCCUCCGCCCACACUCACAGCAGCUAACCAAUCCCCCGCCUCCUCCGGGAGAAACUCCACUUCACCUGUGCUGACUCCUCCACGAGGACAGAACGCAGUGCCGGUGUCGGUCCUAAAGAGAAGCCCGCCCCCCGUCGCUGUGACGCAGUCCAGGAAGGGAGCAACGAAGAGGCUAAAGACAGAAAGACAGGAGGAGGAGGACGAGGAGAACGAAGAUGAAGACGACGUGGAGGUCGUGGAGGUAAAGAUGCCCAAAGAGGAGGAGGAUGUUGAGGUGGUUUGCCCUCAGCCCUUCAUCAGCAGGUUGGCCAAAGAGAUGGAGCCACCAAAAGAAGAGGAACAGGAGGAGGAGGAGGAAGAAGAGGAAGAGGAUGAGGAAAAUGGAGUGAUGGAGGUGGAAGAUGAAAGUGGGACAGAGGAUAAGGACAAGGACAUACUGAGUGGUUCGGGGCGUCACCACAUGCUGCCCCUCCUCUCGUCCUUGUCCUCUCUGGUGCUGUACCUCCGGCGGCUGCAGCACUCGGCCUUCUUGUCCCUGUCUCGGCAGCUGCAGUCAGCAGAGGCCUGGCGCCUUCUUUGCCACUCCAGCCUGGCCCUCCUCAUCCUGUACAACCGGCGACGCGAGUGUGAGGUCUCCAAGCUGUCCAUCGCCGAAUACCGCGCUCGCAUCACUCCCCAGUGCCCCGUUCCGGUCCCACCUGGUGCCCCUCCAGCUCUCACUCCACUGGAGGCCUCCCUGUCCCCCUUUGAGCGCCUGGUGCUUCCUCACCUCCCUAGAGUCGGGGUCCAGGGUAAACGGGGACGAGUGCAGCCCCUCAUCCUCCCCCCUCACUGUGAGCCCUGCCUAGAGCUCCUCCUGCAAACACGGCAGGAUGUGGGAGUCGACCCCACAAACCCGUACGUCUUCGCCAGGCCCUACCACUCCCCCGCCACACCACUGCGAGGCACCGACCUCCUCCGCAGCCUGGCCCGCUCAAGCGGUACCCGCAAUCCCCGUGCCCUGACCCAGACCAGGGUUCGCCGGCAGGUAGCUAUACUGACCCAGCUGCUGCUGCUGGGAGAAGGAGAGGAGCCCGGGCAGCCUGGUGGCAGCGCUGUCGAGAGGCUGGAGCACUUCCUGGAGAGGGAGUACCAUGUGACACAGAACUGUGCCGGUAUUGGCCAAGACCCAGGCCUGAUGGGCAGAGUGGGCCGAGUGGUGCUUUGUGGAGAGAGAGAUGGAGUGCUGUUCAGAGGAAUGAGCCUGAACCACAUCUGCCUGGAACUGGACGUUAUGUCAGGAAACUCUGCAGACUCGUACUCGGAGGCAGAGUCUGAAGGGGAGCAGGUGAAGGAGAAGCCUGAGGCGCCCGCCCCGGCUCCAGCUCCGAUCCCGACGCCCACCCUGCUGUACGUCAGGAAGGGCAAGAAUAACGGGCGGGUGGGACGACCCAAGAAGAUCAAGAACACCCAGCAACCCCCUCCAACUCCUCCUCCUCCACCCGCUAACCGCAGGAGAGGCUCAGGUCAGCCCGCAUCAGGAAAGCGAGGCGUCCUGAAGCGUCCCUGGUCAGAGGCGGAGCGUGCGGCAGUCGAGGAGCACCUGACCCAAAACAUCACCGAGCUCCGAGUCCCCGCAAAGGCCGACUGUGAGCGCUGCCUGCAGCAGUGUCCCCUGCUGGUCAGCAACCACCGCGACUGGCGAGCCAUCAAGUUCUACUGCCACAAUCGCAUUCAGCUGCUGAAGAAAAACCAGCGGCGUGAAAGUGAGCCCCUAUCCCUGGCUGUCUGCUGAGGGAGGGAUUGAAGGAAGGAGGCUAGAGGCAGGGGGGGGGUGUCUGGUGUGGUGCAGCUGAUCAGAGCAGAUUCUCAAAUGGUACCCUGCUGCCCAGGAAAUGCACUAAUUUUGAGAGGACGGUCCUAAAUUUCACUCUUCUGGUAGCGUAGUUUGUUUUUUGACAUGACUUCUAAUUUGACACCUGAUGGCGGUUUUAUUUUGAGCCACACAAGAACAGAAAUCUGAAUUCACUUUUUUUUUUGCUGCUCUACUUUAAGGUCUUAAAAGAAAUGACACUAGAGCCUUUAUGGUGCUCCUGGUUUGAGGGUUACGGCGCGAGUCUUGUCAAAAGCAGUGGACGGGUGCCGUUUGAGACAUGCGUUACGGGGACUUCAGAGACCACGGCACCGGCCGCAGCCUGUGUCGUGUUGUACAUGGACAUUUCUUUCUCUCCUCCCAAAAUGGAUACACUAAACUGAAAUGUAAACAAGGGAGGCAGUUGAGCCCUACAGUGUUGUUGAGCGUCGUGAAGUAGCAUUAGUGUUUUAUGCACUUGGAGACGUUGAUAGGACAAAUGGCCCGUACUUGGGCCACACUUUUCUUAAUAGUGGAUAUAAUUAGAAUAGGCCUAACUACUGCUAACCUAGACGAAUAACCACAUAUUUCUGCUUCUUUUCAUACUGUGCAAUUCUGACAAUGGUUUUAUUAUAUUUGGACCAUCAUUUACAUGUAAAGGUACUCGGUGAUGAUUUUAAUUUAAUGUGGAACAUUACGAUGGAGACGGUUUUUUCGAUAAACUCCAGAGUUUGGGUUUCACGAGAGAGACGAUUAAAUGGCCGCAGAAUGUUGUGAAGUUACUUAUCUAAGAUGUUUAGUUAAACCACAAAGUUCAUGUUCAGAAAACCCGUUGGACUCAAGAUGUCAACAGCUACCAUUACCCCCCCUCCCCCCAGAGCAACAGUAUGUUCUCUUUCCUAAUGUUUCUUUUCUGCCUGUUGCACAUUUGUUAUUCAAAGCAGGUGCCACAGGCUAAUAAGCUGGAUAUCACUUUAUAUGUGGAGAGGAGGUUUCCCUUGGUUGUGUUAAAAGUUUAAAAAAAAAGUGGGCAUUUAUCAGAGAAGUUGAUUGUUCUGUCGCCGCGUUUGUUUCAUCGUCUGUGUCGUCUUUUUCCAACGGCUAGAGCUCCUCCUGUCCUUUCCCCGCCACACUACACGCCGCUCGACCAGAUUUGUUUGAUUUCUUUUCGGUGUCGCUGAAAAUCUGCGUCCAAUCAGACUAAAAACCUCCGUGAAACCUCAAGACAAGAUACUUGAAGUUAUUUAAAACCUUUUUGCAGAAUCUUUAUGUUCCUUCUUGCUCUAGCCUUUGCCAGUUACAUUGUACAUAACAAAUAUAUUAUCAUUAUGCUAACUGGUUGUUUGUGCUAGACUAUAUGUAGCUUUUCUUUUUUUUUUUUUUUUUCAUUUCUGAGUUAUUGCUAUCUGUAAAUAAGCCUGUUUGUAAAUACUCAUCAGAGAAACAAAGGAAAAACACAAUGUAUGACAUGCCUUGGUUAUUGUGUUAUGUUUUUUCUUUUUUUUUAUAAGUCUUAUAAAAAUUUAAAGCUCCAA